UUCACAGUUCUUCUCAAAUCUACGGAGAUUAUCAUGCAUUUUGGCUCAACUGUUUUCGCCAAAAGUAGGGCAUCCGAGCAACGCCUUUCAAUACGUUCACACAGGAAGUUUCAGCCUAUAAAACACCUGCCUGCUGCUAUGGUUUUGCCUCAUUCCCUCCCAGAAACUCCAUCAUGCUUACUUCCCGUUCCAUCAUUUUUGCGCUGCUAAUCUUCAUCGCUGGCGCCAAUGCGUGUCCACAGUGCCCACUUACAGUCGAGUGGGCAGGUGGUUUCAUGAAGCGGGAGAAUAUCCUCCCAGGGCCAGUAGCCCAUACCACAUUGUGUCUUUACAUCGAUAUUAAGAAUAGCGUCUCACCAGGGGUGGAGUGUGUGUAUGAGACCGCCACCGGCAAGUUGACAAAAAAGCUUGGGCAUUGUCCGGCUACAGUACCUGUGAAGGCAAACUGCUGAAUGUGAUGUGAAGAGGUGGGGGAGACGAGAUACCCAGGAGGAGCAAUGUUUAUCUGCAGACAGCCGG